GACGACGAUGACGAGCUCCUCACGUCCGAAGAUCCCCUAAGCGGCGACGGUGCUCUCGACAGCAUCUCCUUCAAGCGCAUAGCAAAACCGCAGAAACCCUCCCUCGCCUCCCGAUUUCUACCAAGUCCGUUCCGACCGCCGUCAACACCCGCCUCAGAUACGAAUACAUCGCCUCGUCGCCGCAAUCAGGCGGCCAAUAAUUCCUCUUACGACACCGAUUAUGCGCCGAAAGACCCUAGAUCAUUGGAUUGGUAUGUGGAAGGGCCGGGGAGAAGAGUAGGAUACGACAACUUGACAGCUAUCGACUGGAUCUACGAGUACAGCAAAGAGCGGACACGACUAAGGCAGCUCCACGCCAGCUCUACCGGGAUCAUCGGACAAUUGCGCCUGCUCAUAGACGCGAGUCAAGUCUGGUGGGUAUUGAUCGCGACUGGUGUUGCGGUGGGAAGCAUUGCGGCAGGCAUUGAUGUGGCUAGCGAUUGGCUGGGAGAUUUGAAAACCGGAGUGUGCAGAGAUGUGGACGGAGAAGGUGGAGGAGGCUUCUAUCUCAACAAAGUGUUCUGUUGUUGGGGUACGGAGUCUUAUGCACAAUGUCCUGGUUGGAAUACCUGGGGUGGGCUCAUGGGGAUCGGCAACAAGGGCGGAGGAUACAUCGUGGGAUACAUAAUAUUUGUCCUAUUCUCGGUGCUGUUUGCGGCGGCAGCGAGCACGCUGGUCGUGCGGUUCUCUGUAUAUGCGAAACAGAGCGGGAUACCGGAGAUCAAGACGAUGCUUGGAGGUGUUGUAAUCAAAAGGUUCUUGGGCGGUUGGACAUUGCUGGUGAAAAGCUUGGGAUUGUGUCUAGCAGUGGCUUCGGGUAUGUGGUUGGGAAAGGAAGGUCCGCUGGUGCAUGUGGCAUGCUGUUGCGCCAAUUUGUUCAUGAAGUUGUUUCCUGGAAUCAACGACAACGAGGCGAGGAAGCGUGAGGUUCUGUCUGCUGCAGCCGCUAGCGGAAUUUCAGUUGCCUUUGGAGCCCCGAUCGGAGGAGUGCUGUUCUCCUUGGAGCAGCUCAGCUAUUACUUUCCGGAUAAGACGAUGUGGGCCUCUUUCGUCUGUGCCAUGGUGGCUGCAGUCACUCUACAAGCAUACGAUCCCUUCAGAACCGGCCAACUGGUGCUAUACCAAGUCACAUAUCACAGCGGCUGGCACGCGUUCGAGAUCUUCCCGUUUGCAGUGCUCGGAAUCAUGGGCGGGCUUUAUGGUGCGAUGUUUAUCAAAUUGAACAUGCGUGUGGCCAGCUGGCGGAACUCAUCGAGCAACCCCUUCCGGUCAAGUCCCAUCCGGGAAGUCAUACUCGUGGCUCUUAUCACAGCGCUCAUUAGCUUUCCGAUCACGUUCCUACGAGCACAGUCUAGCGAACUAGUGGAGUACCUCUUCGCUGAGUGCAGAGAUAUUACAGACGACUUCCUCGGACUGUGCAAGUCCGGCGUAGCAAAUACUGGCGUCAUCCUCGUUCUGCUGGUGUCUGCCGUGCUCGGAUUCUUACUAGCGACCGUCACCUUUGGUCUUCAAAUUCCAGCUGGAAUAUUGCUGCCAUCCAUGGCUGUUGGAGCACUCUAUGGCCGCGUGGUGGGACUUAUCGUUGAAGUGUGGCAACGUGAGCAUCCAAACUUCAGUGCAUUCACCAGCUGCGAGCCCGACGUACCCUGCGUCACACCUGGGACAUACGCAGUGGUCGGAGCCGCAUCUGCUCUCGCAGGUGCGACGCGAAUGACGGUCUCGAUCAUCGUCAUCAUGUUUGAGCUCACCGGCGCCCUCACUUAUGUGCUCCCCAUCAUGAUCGCGGUCAUGUUGAGCAAAUGGGUCGGCGACGCCUUUGGCAAAGCAGGAAUUUACGAGUCGUGGAUCCACUUUCAGCAGUAUCCGUUUCUGGAUAACAAAGACGAUUCGCCAGUGCCAGACAUACCAGUCUCGGAGGUCAUGACCCGCGCAGAGGAUCUGGUCUGCAUCACUGCCACGGACCAUACCAUCGAUUCGCUCAGAGACCUUCUGCGUGAGCAUCCCUAUCGGGGAUUUCCAGUCGUGACCACCGCCGAAGUCACGCUACUAGGAUACAUAUCUCGCACCGAGCUCACCUUCGCCCUCGACUCCUCUUCUCGCUCUUUACCCGGCAGCACGCAGUGCUUCUUCCAGCAUGAAGCCUUUGCCGACCCGACCACGACUCUCGAUCUUCGUCCGUGGAUGGACCAGACUCCGAUCACCCUCAACUCGAGAAGCAGUCUCAUGCUCACGAACGAAAUGUUUCAGAAGCUGGGUUUGAGAUUCGUUGUGUUCGCGGAUCAAGGUAGAUUGGCUGGCUUGGUCACCAAGAAGGAUUUGUGGUCGGUACUAAAC